AUGUUACACAAGAGGAGAAGUGAGCAUCAAGUGGAUCUGGAGUUGACAGCGGGUGAGUCGCAGCGGGCAGACGCAGAGGCAGACGGAUCCGCGCGUGACAAGACUUCGAAGCAUCGAUCAGGAUGAUUUCCUGUCCCGAUUAUGGAUUUAAUUCGUUGUCAUAAUUUUGGAUUACUUGCGUGUAUAAUUCUCAUCUCAUCACUGGCGGUGGUAGAUGGUGCAUCCUCUGACAGGGCGCCUUCAGCGGUGGACCAGUGCUCUCCAAACCCGUGCCAGAACCGGGCAAUAUGCAGACUCCGCGGGGACGGCUACUCGUGCUUCUGUGUGCCGGGCUUCCAGGGUGCUCACUGUCAGAUUGAUGUGAAUGAGUGCGUCUCACAGCCCUGCAGGAACGGAGCCACCUGUGUGGACAGAGUGGGCAGGUUCUCCUGUCUGUGUGCUCCUGGGUUCUCUGGGGCCACUUGUGAGGUCCAGAUUGAUGAGUGUCAAUCACAGCCAUGUCUCAAUGACGGCAGUUGCCAUGACUACGCCGGCGGCUUCACUUGCACCUGCCUGUCCGGUUUCCAAGGACAACGGUGUGAAAUCGACAGUGACGAGUGCCAAGAGCACCCAUGCCAAAACGGGGCUCUGUGUAUAGAUGGGGUGAAUGACUACAGCUGUGAUUGCUCUCACACAACCUUCACUGGCAGACACUGUGAGACACCACUACCACCAUGCCACUCUGAACCCUGCUUCAACAGCGCCAUCUGUGAGGACAACCAGGGUAACUACAGCUGUGGAUGCUGGCCAGGGUUUGAUGGACGUCAGUGUGAGAUUGACAUUAAUGAGUGUGGCAGCAGCCCCUGCAUGCAUGGAGGCCGCUGCAUUGAGAGGUCGUGGCAGGCCCUGUACGGCAGCGAGCCCCUGCUGCCCGAACGCUACGACCACCAGCAUGCUGCAGGCUACAUCUGCGGCUGUCCUCGAGGAACAACAGGUUCCCUCUGCCAGGAGGUGAUAAACCAGUGUGAGUCCAGUCCGUGCCAGAAUGGGGGCAGGUGUGAGAGCCGUGUUGGAGGCUACAUUUGCCACUGCCUCAAACAGAGUCAUGAUGGCCUCCUCUAUGGAGGUGUAAACUGUGAUGAGAGGCUAGUGGGCUGCGAGGGACAUGAAUGCCAGAACCACGGCUCCUGCUCUCCUUUCCUGUUGGAUGGGACUCACGUUUACACCUGCUCCUGCCCGCCUGGGUACACUGGACCCCUCUGUAAGACCCCCACCACUUUCUCCUUCCAACGCAGAGGCUACCUGCUGCUGCAGAGUCCCCUGGUGGAUGCCGAGGUGUCCUGCAACAUCACCCUCAGCUUCAAGACUGUUCUGCCCAGGGCGGUGUUGUUCCAGCGGAACAGCCGGGGGCUGCUGCUGAGCCUGGAGCUGGACGAAGGGCAGCUUCGUCUCACGCUGAGCAAGGAGGCCUCUGCUGGGGCUGAAGCAGAAAGACCCAGCCAGGUCUUGGAGCUUCCACACAGUGUCACAGAUGGAGAGUGGCAUUCUGUAGAGGCCGUGCUUGGAAACUGGGUGCUCAGUCUGAAACUCUUGGAUGACACUGGGAGCUGUGGGAGCCGGUCGUGCCACAAGGCGGCCCCAGUCCAAAGCACCCUAGCCGGGCUGGCUUCACCUCCUCAGAACACUUUCAUUGGAGGAGUGCUUCAGGACUCAAAUGUCCCCAGCGGGGACUCUCCAGUUCCAGCAUUCAUUGGCUGCAUGCGAGAUGUGUUUGUGGACUGGCAGCUCAUUGUCCCAGAGGAAUGGCUGAGCGACUCUGCUGUUAAUGUGUCCCCGGGCUGCAGCCACAGGGACCGCUGCCUGGACGUGCCUUGCCAAAACAGAGGACAGUGUGUCAACCUGUGGCAGAGCUACCAGUGCCGAUGUCCAAGGCCUUACGAGGGGCCGGACUGUGAGGAGGAACAUGUGACCGCACGCUUCGGGGACGAGGACUCUCAGAGUUAUGCAGCCUUCACCGUCACCGACGAUCUGGGUCACGACCUCUCCGUCUCCCUCUUCCUGCGUACACGGAGGCACAAUGGACUCUUACUGGCGCUCGCCAACAGCAGCAGCCAGUACUUACACAUGUGGCUGGAGGACGGCAAGGUCACCGUUCAGCUCAACGACUUUGAGAGCCUGAAGGCGGAGAGCGCGAUCCACGACGGGGAAGUCCACUUUGUGAGUGUCGAGAUGGUGAAUGAUCGUAUGGAACUGUAUAUAGGAGCUCAGAAACAGGCUGAUGUGAAGGUCAGGACAUUCAGCGUCCAAGCAGGAGACACUGUGUAUGUGGGAGGUCUGUUGGGUAGGAGGACCACUUCAGUGUUUGGUGGAUAUUUUAAAGGCUGUAUCCAGGACCUGAGGAUCAACGACAGGAGGCUGCAGUUCUUUGGGUUGGACUCCUCAGUGAGAUCUUUCCCUCUGGACCUGAUGGAAAAUGUGACUGCAGGAUGCUCUGGAGACAACGCCUGCAGUAGGAACCCUUGUCUAAACGGUGGGAUGUGCUACUCCAUGUGGGACGACUUCACCUGCACCUGCCCUCCCAUGACAGCAGGGCGGCGCUGUGAAGAGGUCAGGUGGUGCGAGCUGUCACCGUGCCCCACAGACUCAGAGUGCAGGAUGCUGAACCAGGGGUAUGAAUGCUACUCCAAUGCAACUUUCCUGAAUGACAGCUCUGUGUUGUCCUACCGGGGGAACGGCAACAUAUCCCGCAAUCUAACCAACCUGUCCCUAAACCUGCGCACGCGAAAGCGUCACGCAGCUCUCCUCCACGCAGAGAGGGGCUCGGCAUUCGUCACGCUCUCCGUCCAGGAUGGCUUCCUCUUCAUGGAGCUUCAGAGCACCUCCGAAGAGGACAGAGAGGAGGAGGAGGAGGGUGUGUCUACCGUCAGCCUCAGCAGCAGGAGGAGUGUCAGUGAUGGGGAGUGGCACAGCAUCCACCUGUUCAUGGUAGCACCAUGGGCACAAACCUCCCAGUGGACUCUGGUGCUGGAUGAAGAAAUAGAGGAAGCCAGCACUUCCAGGAGCCAGGGAGGCAACCUGGACUUCCUCAGGCAGGGGGUGGACAUCUUCUUAGGGGGCCUGGCCCCUGAUGCCGGGUGGGCCCUGGCUGGGUGCCUGGGCACAGUAGAGCUGGGUGGCAUCGCCUUGCCUUACCUCAGCUCCUCUGUUGUGAACCUACCACGCCUGCAGGAGGAGCAGUUCGUGCAGACGUCCCUGCAUCCUCCCCUCCUCGGCUGCAGCGGGGGCCCCGUGUGCGAGCCCAACCCCUGCCAGAACGGGGGGAAGUGCCAGGACUUCUUCAACACCUACAACUGCAGCUGCGCCGAGGGCUGGGCCGGGAGACGCUGCGACUUCUUCACUGACACCUGCGCCUCCCGCCCCUGUGUUCACGGCAACUGCAGCGUGACCGGGCUGACCUACGAGUGCACCUGUGAGUUCGGCUACGCGGGCGUGGACUGUGAUGAGGAGGUGGAUAUGUGUGACAACCACCUGUGUGCCCACGGAGGCACCUGUCUGCACGGGCCAGACAGGUACGCCUGCCUCUGCCCUGAGAACUACACCGGACCCCUCUGCAAUGAGCGCAUUGAAGAAAUUCCGUGGUACAUUGUUGUCAGAAAUGUACGGCCCAAGCUGCCCGUUUCCGUGUGCGGCGAUGACACCAGAAACUACACCUGCUUCAACGGAGGCAACUGCACCGACCGAGAGCUGUCCUGUGACUGCCCUCCAGGCUUCAUUGGACACCGGUGUGAGCAGGAGGUGGACGAGUGCAAGUCCAACCCCUGUCUGAAUGGAGGCUACUGCCGCAACCUCAUCAACAAGUUCGUCUGCGUGUGCGACAUGAGCUUCGCCGGAGACGUGUGCCAGACGGACCUGACCUCUGAGGGUUUGACCUCUGACCUCUUGCUGUCCGUCAGUCUGGCAUCCGUUGUCCUGCUGCUGGUCCUCAUCGUCGCCUCCGUCGGCCUGGUGGUGGCUCUAAAUCGCCGCGCCACCCACGGCACCUACAGUCCCAGCCGCCAGGAGAAGGAGGGAUCGCGGGUGGAGAUGUGGAGCAUCACCCAGCCACCACCCAUGGAGAGACUCAUAUGAGACGAGCUGUGCUGACAUGCAGGGUGAUUGUGUGGGGUUUUUUGUAGCCGUGAAGGCGCUAGUGCUAGAAAUACACCAGAUAACAGAGAGAGCAUCUGCGGCCUGCAUGUAAACACAGUCUUCCCCUCACAGGCCCUCCAUUUCACAUUACAGCUGUCUUUCUUCAUUUGCAUACGCACAUGGUGGAAGAAGACAUCCUUCCUGCAGUGUUUUGCACCUGGCUUCACCAUCCAGCAGUGCAUCCAUCUAAACGAAAAGAUUUGAGUUUGGAAUAUAGCACAUCUGUGCAUCCGAUCCAAAUUGUCAGGAUUGACGGACUCAUGGGAAAUCAAAGCAAUUGUCUUAAGGCGAGGCACCAGUCAAAGUUUUUCUUACUGUCAACAAACUCCACGAAAAGAUCAAAACCAACAAUAUGUUUGUCUGCCUUUCAAAAACUGGUCCUACUGAACACAUACAUCUUUAAAAUCAGGUCACAAACAUCGGAACCCAUUAUUAUAAAAGGGUUUGGUAAUUUCCUAAACAGCUGGGCACUGUAGUUUUUAGCAAAUAUCACUCAAACCAGAGUAAACAGCACAUUUGUUGGGGACUAUUUUCAGAUGUGGAUUAAUACACAUUCUGUGUUCUAGUGAGUGUGGCUCACUGAUGUGUGUGUUGUUGUUUCUGGGACUGAUAUAUCAGGCUCUGGCUACAAAGACAGUACCUGUAAUUGUAUUCGAGUCAGUUCAGUGUUGGUUUUUAUCUAUUCAUGGGAUUUGUUGGCAGGAAGAAAAAUAUAGAAUAUCACCAAACUCAUCAUUUAAAUUAAUGUGUAUUUAUAACUGGAAAAUGCCUUUCUAAUUCUUUGUGUCUUGUCUGUAUGCCAAGUGUUGCUGCCAGUAUUGAUUUAUUUCUCAUUUUCAGUGCACAUUCCCGCUGGAGUUUUCAUACUGUAGCUCCUAACUAGCAGAAUAAUGUGCUUCAAGAGUCGGGUUUCAGGAGAACUUGUACGAGACUAGUUUUAGUUUCCUCUAGGCUGACUCUAUAGACUGCAGUGUAAGUUCAAGUGUAUAUACUAUAAUGAGGAUUUUGUUUGUUUUUUAAACUGGGAAUUUUAUUUCUGCCUGUAAUUGUUGCCAACUGUACAUACAAAAUGUGGUGGUGAAUUAAAAUGAAUUCAUUUGUGUUAAUUUAUAUU